AUGCCUGCUCACCGAGCUCUAGAGUGCUACGAUAUUCUGCAGCUAAUUUUUGAUCACUUUCUGCUUCCAGACGAUGCGGACGUUGUUGCAGCUCGGGCGUGUCGGCGCACGCUGGCUAGCGCAGCUCGCGUCUGCCAAGCGUUCUCAGACCCUGCGUUGAAUUCCUUGUGGGAGACGUUGGACGACUUGUUGCAUGUACUGAACGUCUUGCCUUGUGUUGAACUCCAACAAGCACCUCAAGACGACGUAGACAUAUACGUCCUCACUGCCGAAGUAGAGCCAGCCGACUGGGAACGCUUUCAGCAAUAUGCUAAACGUAUACGUAGAGUUGCAUUCACUGUGGCAACUUCAGUGGCGUCUCCAUGGUCAAUACUCCUACAUUUAACUCAUCUGAACAACCAUCAACCUCUCUUUCCGAGACUUCGGCACCUGGCAUGGACUCAAUCUGCGCCAUUCGAUUAUUCCCUCCUGUACUUGGUCUCUCCGUCUCUUCUUUACUUGUCGUUCGCCAUCAACGGGAUGUGGCCAUCGAUCGAUCAAGGACAGGACCUUGAGAAAGAACACGCGAUCACUCAUCUUUUCCGCGCGGUCUGCUCAAAGUCCCCUUCUUUGCGUCACAUUUCUACGAAGGGCCUGGGAAUUCUCCAAGCAGGUCAGGCAUUCGCCAUGUGCAGGGAACUCAGGUCACUGGACAUAGACCCAGCUUUCAUCGACGUGCCUCUCCUGCAUGCGCUCUCGUCCUUACCGAAUCUCGUCCGGCUGGACAUAUCUUCUUAUGUAUAUUCAGGAGAAGAAUCCCACUUAAAUAGGUUUCCCGUGCUUCAGGAAUUGACCAUCAGAGGUUCAGUAAUGCUCGCUGUACAGGUUGCGAACACCGUAUCCUCUCUACUCCUGCACACGCUCUCACUCGAAAUCACGUUUGACGAUCCCGACCUUGGGGAUAGCGAAGAGUUGGCCCAUGCGCUCUGUAGGCUCACAUCCGUGAUCAGCAAACGGUUCCCCAUCGUGCGGUGCUUCUCCGCGAAUAUUGUCGCGGGAUUUAGACAGGAUUCCGAGGAGCUCGCACCACUCGUACAACCGCUCACGGCUAUGCACACACUUGAGCAUAUUAAACUGCGGUGCAAUAAGAAGCUGGUGUGGGGCGACGAGGACUUCAUAGCUCUCGCAGCAGCGUGGCCGAAAGCCAAAGACGUCUCGUUGCUCUUCUUCGCCGGCCUCGAAGACAUCGAAACCCCGGUGCUGCCGCGCGUGCUGCUCGAGUUCGCGAGGCUCUGCCCGAAUUUGGAGACCCUCGAGCUGCCUGUGGUGGACUUCCGCUCGCACUCGCUUCCUCUGUUGGAGAAACGCCCGGCACCGCAUGGGCUACGCACCCUCUACAUCAGCAAUGUAACGAAUCGCUUGAUCCAGGACCCAUUUCAGGUCGCGCGUUUCCUCGACUCCGUUUUUCCUAACCUCGCCGCGCACGAGAUGGCCACGUCAAACCUGACGCUGGUGAUGCGCAUGCAGCAGGAGCAGGCGGGAUGGAAGCAGGUCGUCAAGCUGCUGACGAUCUUCCAGCAGGGACGGAAGCCAAACGCAGGUCAUGAUCACACGCACAGCGAGAUCCUGUGGAAGAUGGUGCGCCGUCGGUCGCAGUAA